UUUAUGAAAUGCUUGCAGGUCUGGUAAGUAUGGUGCAAUUCUUUCUCACAAUCACCGGUCCAUAUUCCAGUAAAUUUCAUUUAUUGGUUUACACACAUAUCGUAACGUAUAUGUAGGAUCUCAGUGACCCGAACCAACUUUUCAACAGUGCUUAAAUCUUGAAAUAUUUUCGUAUUUAAUGGCUCUGCUCGUUGUUUAGAUUUUCUUUUUGAAUGAACUUUUCUAUCUAUAAACCAGUAGUUUCUUUCCCAAAUUUUUCACUUUAAAUGACUUUAAAAUGAAUAGAUUUUCAGCCUAUUUGAGUGUCAUCAAAACAUGAACAUUCCGUGUAGAAGGAAAUUCGAAAAAGCAUGAAAAGUUAUUUUUCAAACAAUAGCUAUCAGAGCCAUGGAUCUUGCUACUUAGUUGAAUAAGAAAUUGUGCAGUUGAGAAUUACUCCUAAAAAUGUUUAGGGUAUUAUUAAAAUGAAUCUUUGUGAUUCGGAAACACCUACAUAUUAAGUAAGUGCAAACUUUAAAAUGAAUAGUUAAGUUACUUGAUUCAAAGCGUAUACCCUUUCCUCUCAGUUAACUUUCAAUGAUGUUUGGUUAUAGAAAGAUAUAUGUCAUUUCGGUUGAUUGUUCGGUUGGUUUCCUGUCAAUAACGUCUACUACCACAAUGAAUUGUCACGUUUGUCAACAUAUCAGUUUACAUUCGUCAUUUAAGUGUAUCAUUUCAACAGAUGACGGGUUCAAACUUUUGUACCAUCAGAUAACUGGCUGACAAGGUAGUUACGUCUUCAAAUCAUUUUGAAUAGUUAUCUGAAUUUCCAAAACAAAUGGGUCCCAGAAUUUGAUUGAUUGAUUGAUCCCAAAUAUAGUGUAACGCGUUACUUGAUCAUGCUAGUGUGAAGUCGUUUUCAAACGUAACCAACUAUCAGAAAAUCAUUUGGAAAUAUGUAUGAGCACGACUAGAAAGUAUACGUGUGGGAAUGCAAUUAAAUUCGCGUUAUGCAGUCUCUAUUAUUAACUGCUACAUUCCAUUUUCUUUUGCUCUGCUUAAUCUCUAAAGUCCCAGCUUAUUAGUUAACAGUUGAUUAGAUAUGUCAAUUAAAGAAUUUUGAUACUUUUACAGCUUAUGUCAACUGCAUCAAAUAAUCCUCAAAUAUCAGUGUGUUGUGUGAAUAUUGUGAUCAUAUGAAGAAGAGUUAUUUCGAAAUAUUGCUUCACAAGACGUUGCUUAUCCCCGACAUAUGUCUAGAGAAGCUUGUAUGCUAUGCCGUGGUUUACUUAUACGAAACCCUAAUGAACGGCUUGGGUCGGGACCGAAUGGGGAAAAAGAUAUUCGGCAACAUCAAUUUUAUCGUCACAUUGAUUGGCAUAAACUGUCAAAUUUGGAAAUUCAACCACCAUUCAAACCUCGCAUUAAAAACAAACGAGAUGUGAAUAAUUUUGACUCAGAAUUCACUAAAGAACCGCCUAAACUAACUCCAACAGAUAAAUUAUUCAUAA